UGAACAUUCAGUUAGCAUCACCUCAAAGUGAAACAUGCAGGUACAAUGUGGUGGUUAAAUAUAUGGUUGGGACUCUGAUCUACAAAAAUGAGUUGGAUGCUCUCCAUCUGGGUGACCGCGGCCCUGCUGGCUCUCUAUAAGGGACAAUACACUGCACGUGAAGGUAAUAGCCUGUCUCCAUCUGGCUACCAUCUCUGUACCUACAAUGAAACAAGGAUUGUGAGUUUCCUGGUGGUGCACAAGGUCCCCUACACCGAGUCGAAGCCCUGCGGGGGCUGGCUCCUCUGGAAGACAUGUACAGUCACACUCUACAUGCUGAUGCAUCAGACUGAGUACAAGACAGUGACUGAGCAGGUGACCAGGUGCUGCGAUGGCUACGAACAAGUUGGUCGCUACUGUGCCCUACCUGUAAACAGGAGUGCUGAGUUUGCUGCCAAGCCAGGAUCCUGUCCAACUGCAGAUGGAUUAUAUCCCAGAUCUGAGGACUGUGAGUUGGAUAUAGCCUGUCCAGGCUGGCAAAAAUGCUGCCAGGGACUCAGCAGCUCUGCCUGUCAGGAUCCUGCAAGCUCUGCAAACUAUUGGACGAAUGGAGGAUGUCAUUUGAAUGCAACAGUUACAGUGAAGACAGAUUACCAGCAGCUGAUGUCCAAGGAUGAUGGGCUUCUGAAUCACAUAAGAAUACUUCAAGCAAUGGUUACUGGAGCCUUGCAGUCUAAGGUUUCCAUUUAUUACCUCGACUCAUGGCCAGUGCAUCCCCACAGAACUGCCACCUCUCUGCUGAUAGACGGCAACUGCACUAUGCCACUGCACAAUAUCACAUCAAAGCUGCAUCUGCUGCUCAAACACAUACAGGAGGUGUCAUCUGUAACUGUGAGAGAUGUAGAUGAGUGUGCACACUGGGCUCUUCGUCGGUGCUCCCUUCAGGCCCACUGUAACAACACAGUGGGAUCCUAUCAGUGUGUCUGCCACCAAGGAUAUACUGAUGUUGAUCCAAGUAACCCUGGAGCCAACUGUACAGCUGACGUCAGGGAAUCAACCACAGAGCCUCUGCUCACCUACCCUCCUCUUACCAACACAGCCUUCACCCCAGCUUCCAACACCACACAGGAGCCUCCAGGCAACAACUUCACGGGCAUCUUCAACUCCUCUGAGAACAGCAUGACAACAGCUCUGACUAAUACAACCUCUGUCCCUUAUAAUUCCUCGCAUGCUCAGCUAUGGACCAGUUCUCCACCUAACACCAGCAUGAGCUCAACUGUGGAGUCACUUCUGCCAACAACCACAUGUCCUCCUCCGAGCAUCAGCAGCUUACUGGCAGCUAAUGUCACUGGAACCUCUUUCUCUGUCUGCUGGUCCACCCAGUCUCAGACAAACCAGACUCACAAGGUUGUUCUAAGCAAGGACUCAAAGGUCAUCCUUUCUUGGGAAACCAGGCAGACCAUGAUAGAGGUGAAGGGACUGCAGCCUGCAAUGCUCUACCAUGUUUCUGUCACUCCCCAUGCCUGUGGAAGUGACGGAGUCACCCUUCAUAUGUCGGUCAAAACUGAUGCUCAGACUCUUGACGCCACAGCACGACUUACCAACAUCCAGUUCACUGCUGACCUCCAUAAUACCAGCAGCCAGGCCUACAGAAACCUCACUGCAACCAUUUUAGAAGAGCUCUAUCAGUCUUUCUCUCCAGAGAUGAGGAGCAUGGUAGAUUCAGGCCAGGUCAAAAUCGAGAUCAGAGGCUUCUCCCCUGGCAGUGUGGUGGUCAACUUCACCAUAAUAUUCACCCCAAGUCAAAGCCAAAACAUAAGUAAUGUGUCCACGGCGCUGCUGCACUCUCUGAUGAACAUCUCCCAAUACACUGUGGAUGAAAACAACACAAGUAUUAAUGAUUUUAAUGAAUGUGCUUCUCUGGAGAAUGACUGCUCCUUCUGGGCAACAUGUAUAAACAUUUGGGCCUCCUACAUGUGUGUUUGUCAGGAUGGAUUUACAGACAACAAUCCAGAAAGGCCUGGACGAGCCUGUCAAGCAAUUGCUACUCUGGAGCCAACGACACCAGCACUGACAGCAUCAAUAUUUUCUACAGCCAGCACCACUCCUGUCUCUCAGUUAAAACCUUCAACCAGUGAUCCAGCCAUAACCACCAUAAUUACUCCAGCGAUAGCCACCGUCAUUAUAACAAGUGAAACAGUUUCCACAACAAUCUCAACCAGUGCUCAAGAUACCACUAUCUCUACCACUACAAACCCCACUCCUGCACCAACAAAACCCACUACUGCCCCAACAAGCACCACUGUUAUCCCAACAACCACCCCUAGUAUUCCAACAGCUUCCUCUUCCCCAACAGCUACUACUGUCCAUGCGAUUGUUAAUACAGCCCCAACAACUACCACUAGUACGCCAACAAUUUCUGCCCCAACAAUGACAGUUACUGCCCCACCUACAAUUGUCACUACUGCCCCAGUAACCACCAUUAGUACCCUAACAGCGACUUCCACCCCAGUGACCACCACUGCUACCCCUACAACUGCCUUUACUACCCCAGUGACUACUUCUGCCCCAACAACCAGUGCCGCUCCAACAACAACCACUACUGCCCCUGCAGUAACUACUACUGCCCCAACAACCAGCAUCAAUUUUACCCCAACAACCAGUAUGACCCUAACAACAACUUCUACGACUACAGCAAUUGUUACUGCUCUUGUAAUGACUACUGCUGCCACAGUACCCACUACCGCCCAAACAACCACCACCACCCCAGCAACCACCACUAUCACCCCAACAACCACCACUACCAAGCCAACAACCACCACUAUCACCCCUACAACCAUUACUACUACCCCGACAAUUACCCUUUAUAACCCAACAACAAUCACUACCAUGCCAACAACCACUACCAGUGCCAUCCCAACAGCCACCACUACCAUCCCAACAAACACCAAUACCACCUCAACAACCACCACUACCACCCCAACAACCAUCACUACCACCCCAACAACCACCACUAAUACCCCAACAACCACUACUACCCCGAGAGUUGCCAACAAUGGCUCUAUGCGAGGGUCCCUUUCAGUCCAGUGCAGAGUUGCUGCCAUCACUGUGACAAUGGCAAAAGAUUUUCUUUUGAGCUCCAAGAUCCAGGAGAGCGCCCUCUACUUAGGCAUGCGGGGAUGUGGCGUGAAUGGAGGCAAUGAUACUCAUGUCCAGCUGACUGUGGCAUGGAAUGAAUGUGACACUCGGCUUGUGCAUAACGAGACCUACUACACAGCAUCUGUUACCCUGUUCAACACCAUGGAUCCGUAUACCUCACCAGGCGGAGCAGUGGAAGUGCCCACAAAACUGCUGGAAGUCCCCAUCAUGUGUACCUACAUGAAGAGCAUGCUUAUCUCUGCUGACUUUAGCUCCAUGGGGUAUGACAUGAUAAAAGAUGUCAUCAUGGGCUUGGGGUCAUUCCAGGUGACUGUACAGCUGAUGAACGGUUCAGUACCUCUGCCCUACAACUACAGCUUGUCCUCUGAGCAGGCAGUGGUGGUGGAAGUCAAACUCAACACCUCCUCAGAGCAGCUUAAAGUAGUCAUUAACAAGUGCUGGGCCACUCCCAGCCGAAGCCCUGCAGACACCUACAGCUACGCCUUCCUGGAGAACAGCUGUUCCAUGAACUCAUACACCAAAGUGCUGAUCAACGGGAACUCCAGCACGUCCCGCGUGUCCGUUCAGAUAUUCUCUAUCGUCAACCUGAAUGUGAUCUAUCUGCACUGCCAGGUUCAGAUCUGCAUCCAGAUCGGAUCAGAUACCUGUGUACCUGACUGUCUACAAAGAACAGCACGUUCUGCGAAAACGGUUGGAACAGCAUUUGACUCUUUUGGGCCUAUAUUCAAGUCAGAUGAAGAGUCCGUGGAGGAAGAAAUCGGCGCUCUCCAAAUAGUCGGCUUCUCCUGUCUUGGAAUCUGCCUAUUAAUCUUCCUUAUCAUUAGCUUUGUCUGCCUCUUCUACUACCAGAGGAACCGUAUUGGACACUAUAAUUUCAGCGUCAAACCCAAGCAAGAGAACUUCACCUACCUAGUCUUUAACACUUAGGGGUGCAGCAGCACUCACAAUCAGAGUCACACAAUUAGAAAACAUUUUUGCAGCAGCAGCAGCAGAUACACCGAUCAGCCACAACAUUAUGACUACUGACAGGUGAAGUCAAUAAUGACAAUCAUCUCAUUAUAAUACCAUGUUCUGCUGGGAAACCUUGAGUCCUGACAUUCAUGUGGAUGUUUGACAUGUACCACCAGGGCCGGAGUGGAACUCAUUUUCAGCCCUGGAGUUUCAUGCCUCGGACCGGCCCACUUUAGAUCACGACCUAUUAUUAUUAUUAAAAUCAUGUAAUUAUAACCUUACAUGUUAAGUCUACAAUAGCGCACUGUUCUGUCAAGCCUUGUAAUUCAGUGUGUUUUUCUAAAAUAUUUCCAAUUCAGUGCAGGUAAGGGUUGCUUCACAAUGAGGAUUUAUUUCAACAUUAGUGCACAUCUCCAACAUUAUUCUAUACAACAAUAUCAGAAUCUAUAUUCUGUUCAAGUAAGUGUUCACAGAUAUCCAAAAGUUAAAAAUUGAAUAAAAGAAUAAAUAAAAAUAUUAAAUUUAAAAAAUAAAAAGUAGAAUAAAAAGUGUUGCAUGUUCUAAUAACACUAUCAUCUCUUUUUCCUCUGCAAGGAAACAGUUCCAUCACAACUUAGAUUUCACAAAUAUGAGAACAUCAGCUAAAGGGCAAAUCUCCAACACUAUUCUUUACAACAUCAGAAUGUAUGUAUUAUUAAAAUACAUCCUGUGAAUGAGGGCGAGCAAAGUAAUUAAAACUAUCAACAGACCCAUCUUCAUUUGUCUCCUUCCGAACUUGUGGUUCAGGGUUCUGCUGCUGGAAUCAGUCCCUGAGUGACUCUGCUCUUCUUUUCACACUUCCUCCAGUUUCCCUAGACUCACCUGCACCUGUAUCACAAUAAAAAAUAAUAAACUGUACACACAUUUAGACUUAACCAAUCAAGAUAUUUUCAACGGCAAAAUAUGCAGGCUUAUUUCAUAUUGCUUCCAUCCUAUUCCCUUGCAGUUGUGGACUUCACUGCCACCAUCCCGGUGCCACAAGACAUCCCCAGAGACCCUGUGUCCAUGUCCCACUGAGUCAGAGGAGUUUUAGCAAAACAAAGGGGACCAACACAAUAUUAGGCACGUGGUCAUAACGUUAUAUCUGAUCGGUGAACAUUUGCAAGGCUGCCAAUAGGUGUCGCUGUUGCAUUAUUCACAUCAACACUUUCAAACACUGCACAUCUUUGCACAUAAAAUGUUUCAUGAAGUACAGAUUACAUUUGCAUCUCAUCUGACCCCUCUUCUUUAUAUAUUUGAAAUAUUGAAACUAUACAGUAGUUGUAUACAGAGGUGUCAUAUAUAAAAAAUAAUUAAAUAUUUAUGAAUAGUUUUAAAUUAAAGAACACCUGACAUUUUUAAAGUUUCGUUUUUGUGACGUCUUACCUUUAGCUCAGACAAAAAGAUUUCACAGAAGCACAGAAAAUGAUAGUGAAAAUAUUUUACUACACAGCUCAAAUCAGAAUUUGCAAUGUGAUGAUCUUGCACUUAAUUAGUUUGCAUGGCAUAUUUGUGUUGAAAUUAUCAUGAUCAUCUAGUCAAAAAUGGUUGAAAUAAAUCAUUUGUAAUACCGUACAGUUAUCACUUCAUUGUAUUUUAGCUACUACUAUUUUUCUAGAAAUGCACUUUUAGAAUUUAUACUGUACAUGUCCUGAAUUUACAGUACCAGAAGUGAAUGCACCCCUGUGCAAUAUCACAGACAUUAAAAAUUAUCCUAAACUGUA